UCUGGUGAAUAAGAUAUGACCACCCCCCACGAGUAACCAACCAGAAAGCAAUCAAAGUUCACCGAUCGUUAAUCGUGUUUGACACUAUUGAAAGAAUCCUUUGAAGAACUGAUAACACAGGCUAGUAUUUAAAGCUAAUAGAGGUGUUGAUUCGCAAGGCAACAUUGCAUCUUGCGAGUCUCAGUCGCUAAUCAAUGGUGACUGAGCCGGCUAUUGGAGAACAAUCCCACAAACAAUGCCUGCAGUACCAGGAAACAUGUACGGCCAACAAGGCCCGUCCUGUUUCGACCGAAUGAAGAUGGGAGCCAUGAUUGGCUUCUGUGUAGGAAUGGCAUCAGGAGCAAUUUUCGGAGGCUUUUCCGCCUUAAGAUACGGUAUGCGAGGGCGAGAAUUGGUCAACAGUGCAGGAAAAGCUAUGCUACAAGCAGGCGGCACUUUUGGAACAUUCAUGGCUAUUGGAACUGGCAUCAGAUGCUAGACAAAUUUAAUGUAUGUUAUGUAUACUGUGAAUUUCCAAAGUUAAAUUAGAAUUACAAAUUUGUUUUCAUUUAAAUAUUAUAAAGAUGAUUUAUUUAAUUUAAUUAGAUAUUUUCAUGCUUUUACUUACCAUCUGGAGUAACUACAUAAAUGCCAUCGAUGGGAUUAGUUUUGCCCUGAAUAUUAAGGCCAAAUGAGAGAUGUCGGAUAGUAUGUGUUGUAUUGAAGGAGGAUGCUGAAAAUGGCUGCACAUCGUGCACUGUCAAAUCAAAAGCGAUUAAAGAAUAUUGGUCAGUAAAAUAUA